UAUGCUGUCGACGCUGGAUGACAGCGACGGCUGAGGUUCAGAUCAUACGCCGCCGUGGGAAAUAAGAUACGUUUGCGAUAUGUAGCCAACUAACGUUAGGUAGUUAGUUCACUUUUUGCACUAUUUAUUAUUAAAGUAUUUGACUUUGAGGAGAGGUCACUGGAAAAGUUUCCUGAAUAGCUCUUCAUAGCGGUAGCAGCCCGUUAGCUGAAGCUAAACCAGAGACGGAAUCUUAAUUAAUCCAGACGGGACCAAGCCCAGGAGCCGGGUAGCAGCAGGCAGUCACACCCUUGUCUGGGGUUAGUGAAGGACCCCUUCAUGCGUAGCAAGCUUACAUUUCUAUCCGUCACACGUUAAGAUGUUUUAUGCAACUAGAUAUUAGCCUCAGGCUGAAUUUGGAGCUUCGGACCAAUAUUGUGAGUUAACUGGGAAGUGUGGACUGGAUAUGACUGACUCAUCAUCAUGGCACGGGCAGAGGAGAUAACCCUGAACGGUCUGUCUGCUGCAGAGCCAACCAGACAGUCUCAUGACUAGCAAGACAGCUAGCUAAGCUACACAUUCGAACGUUUCUAUUAUAUAUUUCCCCACGCAGUGGACGUGCCGUUAUGAAUACCCCGGUGUACACAUUUGUUUCCCGUGACGACAACAGCACGGUUUAUGCAGAAGUUUCCAAAAUCCUCCUCUCAACUGGACAAUGGAAGAGGCUGAAAAAAGACAAUCCCAGAUUCAACUUAAUGCUCGGUGAACGGAACAGACUGCCCUUUGGACGUCUGGGCCAUGAACCAGGAUUGGUUCAGCUGGUGAAUUACUACAGAGGAGCAGACAAGCUCUGCAGAAAGGCGUCGUUGGUCAAGCUAAUAAAGACCAGCCCGGAGCUGUGCGACUCCAGUAACUGGUUUCCAGAAUCCUACAUCAUCUAUCCUACCAACCUGAACACCCCUGUUGCUCCAGCUACGAAUGGCAUUAGUCAUCUGAAGAACAAUCCCAAGACGGAUGAGCGAGAGGUUUUCUUGGCCUCCUAUCACUCUAAAAAAGAAAGUGGGGAGGGCACAGUGUGGAUAGCCAAGUCUUCUUCCGGCGCUAAGGGUGCUGGGAUUUUGAUAUCCCAUGAUGCUAAUCAGCUGCUGGAGUACAUUGAUAAUCAGGGACAGGUUCAUGUUAUCCAGAAGUACCUGGAGAGACCUCUGCUUCUGGAGCCGGGACAUCGGAAGUUUGACAUCAGGAGCUGGGUGCUAGUGGACCAUAACUACAACAUCUAUUUAUACCGGGAGGGUGUGCUGCGGACGUCCUCAGAACCCUACAACAGCUCGGACCUGCAGGACAUGACCAGCCACCUGACCAACCACUGCAUCCAGAAGGAGCACUCCCAGAACUACGGACGAUACGAGGAAGGGAACGAGAUCUUCUUUGAUGAGUUCAGGCUGUACCUGCUGAACACUCACAACGUCACCCUGGAGACCAACAUACUACCUCAGAUCAAGCACAUCAUAAAGAGCUGUCUGAUGUGUAUCGAGCCGUCAAUCAGCACCAAGCACCUGUCCUACCAGAGCUUCCAGCUGUUUGGAUUUGAUUUCAUGGUGGACGAGAGCUUCAAAGUGUGGCUCAUUGAGAUCAACGGAGCUCCAGCCUGUGCACAGAAACUAUAUUCCGAGCUGUGUCAAGGCAUCGUGGAUGUGGCUGUUUCCAGCCUCUUCACCAUGAACAGCAGCGGCGACUGCCCAUCUGCUUCCUCUUCACCUUAUUCGUCCUCCCCAUCCUCCACGUUCACCACCAACUCCUGCUCCUCUCCCAAACUGAGGGGGCCUCUUCACGUGGGCCCCUUCACUCGGCUGUAAGCACACACUAAUAUCCCCCUCGUCUCCCCCGUACAGCUUCUUUCAUCCUCUGUCCUCACUCCUCAACUCUAUCUGAGAAGCAGCCCACAGCAGCGAGCCUGUUACGCCUGAAGGGAGUCUUUCUCUAUAUGGAAACCACUGAGCUGCAGAAAUGAUCUCUGCUUCCUGGUUAUGCAUAUUAUUAUGAAUGUGAGGAUGGUGAUGAACGGAUCAACAAACUUUGCCGGGAGUUUCUGAUUGAGGACAGAUGCCCUUCCAUCUCCGUCCCACCUCGAGUUUCUCCACAAGCAGAUUAAUGGAGGACUGACGGAUGCCGAGACGCUCCAGCUGAGACUGUAGUGCCUUACAUUUCCAGCCACGCUCCCUUAAAAAAGACUGCCAGUUAGCUUGCUCUGUCCCUGUGGCUUGUACUUGUUCUAUGAGCCUUUGCACUGUUGCUCAGUAAAGUCGAUGCAGUCACGGUCAGUCGGCAAGAAUCAGCUUAAAAACAUAUUACUUGACGUGUGAAAUCUUAGUGAAUUUGAUUAAAUUCAGAUGCUGUUUAUCUCAUCGGACACAUUUGUAUCUAUGUUUUUUAUUUUUUUUAUUGCAGCUUACCUGCAGCUAUCGGUGUCCCUUCCAUUGAGGAAUGGUAACAGCAAUCGAGACUUGUUAAAACUUACAAGUUAUGACCCGAUGUGUCUGAAGAGCUAAACGUUCAAAACGUUAAGGCUUGCCUCGAAAAUCCACAUUCCUCUAAACCUAGCCAUGUGGACACCACACUUCAUUUGCAUUUAGGGCAGCUGGGCGAUAUCUACGUGAACAAGGAGGCUGUCCUUCAUCUUGUAAACCAAGGUUUAAGUCCGUCCUAACAGGUGUCCCUGACCCCUGACCUCUAUACAACAGAGAGGAAAGACAAGUAUUAGCCUGCGGUAUUCUUUUCUUAACUCAUUCUUUUACAAAAUAGUCCAACUGAAGAUUAUUUGUCAUUUGAAGAGAGCAUGUUUGUGUGAAAGCAUGUACUAGAAUGCAUCCUCAUACAAGCCCCCACAGCACUUUCUGUCCCAGAUUGUAGAGCUGCCCUUAGUUCGGAUGUAUGAAAAGCUAGACUUGUCAUUGUAAAGUGUCGUCAACAAGUGUGUGGAUUAUGUUUUUCAACUGUUGUAAUGGAAGUAGUAAUAGGUUGUACAAAGUGUGUAAAGACCCCAUGAAACUAAACUGGCAGGACACAAGAGACAUAACAGAGCUCACGGAG